GUGACGUCUCUGGCUUGCUUGGUUGCUCCUCCCACCGAUGCGCAGUUGUACCGGAAGGAUAAAUCGUCCUCGUAGGAGAAAAAGCAGAAGACAGUGCACAUGACAGGCAACGAAUUUCGCUUCUUCUUAUCAUGCGAUAUCAAUCUUCCAGUAACCUUCCGGGUUGAGCGGCUUGAAGGCAAUCUUACCCCUCGAAAGUCCUCCAAUUCAGAGAACGGAACCCCAGAAGAGGAUAGAAGGCAAGAAUUAUAUGUUGAAUGUGCAUUGUACAUCGAUGGUGCACAGUUUGGCCUUCCCACAAGAACAAGGUUGGAAUCUACAGGAUCAUCCUAUUGUUGGAAUGAGCUCAUCACAUACACUAAAUAUCGGGAUUUAACUGUUCAGUCACAGCUUGCUUUUACUGUUUGGGAUGUUUCACACGGCGAAGAUGAAGGAUUGAUUGGAGGAGCCACAAUUCUUCUCUUUAACAGUAAAAAGCAACUUAAAACUGGGAAGCAAAAGCUUAGGCUUUGGGCAGGAAAAGAGGCAGAUGGAACAUAUCCUACUAGCACUCCUGGAAAGGUCCCUAGGCACGAGCGUGGGGAGUUGGAGCGUUUGGACAAGCUGGAAAACAAAUAUGAGCGAGGUCAGAUACACCCUGUUGACUGGCUGGACCGCCUCACAUUCAAAAGUAUGGAAAAAAUUAAGGAACGUGAAAGCUUACAAAAUGGAAGCUCUCAUUUGUACUUGGUUGUGGAUUUCUGUAGUUUUGAGCAUCGAGUCGUUUUUCAGGAAUCGGGCGCAAAUUUUUUAUUGCCAUCCCCUAUAGCUUCAACCAAUGAUAUUGUUAUUGUCUGGGACCCAGAAAUGGGAAAGAUAAAUCCCUCUGAGCAUAAGCAAUUAAAGCUGGCUAGGAGCUUGACUCGUGGUGUCAUAGAUAGAGAUCUGAAGCCAAGCUCAAAUGAGAGGAAGUCCAUACAGAGAAUAUUAAAAUACCCUCCAACCAGAACAUUGAGUGGAGAUGAGAGGCAGCUCUUAUGGAAAUUUCGUUUCUCUUUGAUGUCUGAAAAGAAGGCUCUCACAAAGUUCCUUCGUUGUGUGGAAUGGAGUGACGUCCAGGAAGCAAAACAAGCUCUGGAACUGAUGGGAAAAUGGGAAAUGAUUGAUGUCUGUGAUGCGCUGGAACUCUUAUCUCCUGUUUUUGAAAGUGAAGAGGUCCGUGCUUAUGCAGUUAGUGUUCUUGGAAGAGCUGAUGAUGAAGAGCUUCAGUGUUACUUGCUUCAAUUGGUUCAGGCUCUUCGAUUUGAGCGCUCUGAUAAAUCUUGCCUUUGUCAUUUCCUUGUUGAGCGUGCAUUACGCAAUAUUGAAUUGGCCAGCUUUCUUCGCUGGUAUGUAACUACUGAAGUCUUCGAUCCUGUAUACGCCAAACGGUUUUAUUGCACAUAUGAGAUUCUGGAGGAGAAUAUGCUGAAGGCGGCUAUUGGUGUGAAUGGAGAGGAGGAUGGGAUUAAAUUGUGGCAUAGUUUGGUGCGUCAGACAGAAUUAACUGCUCAGUUGUGUUCAGUCUCAAGAGAAGUAAGAGGUACCCGUGGCAAUACCCAAAAGAAGAUUGAAAAGCUUAGAGAAGUACUUUCUGGGAUUUUUAGUGAACUUACCUAUUUUGAGGAGCCUAUACGUUCACCCUUGGCACCGAAUGUCCUCAUCACUGGGAUAAUACCAUCAGAGUCAUCAAUAUUUAAGAGCGCAUUGCAUCCUUUGCGACUUACCUUUAGAACAGCAAAUGGGGGUACUUGUAAAAUCAUGUUUAAAAAGGGUGAUGAUAUUCGGCAGGACCAGUUGGUUGUUCAAAUGGUUUCACUCAUGGAUCGAUUGCUAAAGUUAGAAAAUCUUGAUCUGCACUUAACGCCAUACAAAGUUCUUGCAACUGGACAAGAUGAAGGCAUGUUGGAAUUCAUUCCAUCUCGUUCAUUGGCACAGAUCCUGUCAGAGCAUCGUAGUAUUAUAAGCUAUUUGCAGAAGUUUCAUCCUGAUGACCAAGGUCCUUUUGGCAUUACAGCUGCCUGUCUUGAAACAUUUAUUAAAAGCUGUGCUGGCUACUCUGUCAUCACAUAUAUACUUGGGAUUGGAGACAGGCAUUUAGACAACCUCCUCCUUAGAGAUGAUGGACGUCUUUUCCAUGUUGAUUUUGGCUUCAUUCUCGGGCGAGAUCCUAAGCCAUUUCCACCUCCAAUGAAGCUUUGCAAGGAAAUGGUUGAGGCCAUGGGGGGAGCUGAGAGCCAAUAUUAUACAAGGUUCAAGUCCUAUUGUUGUGAAGCAUACAACAUUCUUCGCAAAUCUAGUAACCUAAUUUUGAACUUAUUUUAUUUAAUGGCGAGUUCCAAUAUUCCUGACAUUGCUUCUGAUCCUGAAAAAGGAAUUCUGAAGCUUCAGGAGAAGUUUCGGUUAGACUUGGACGAUGAAGCUAGUAUACAUUUUUUCCAGGAUCUUAUCAAUGAGAGUGUUAGUGCAUUGUUUCCUCAGAUGGUUGAGACCAUUCAUCGCUGGGCUCAGUAUUGGCGCUAACCCCAUUAUUAUCAACUCAAAGUUCAAACUGCUUCGCGUGUCCGGAGGCUUCUGAAUUCUGCAUUUAUUCUUGGAACUUCAUCAUCCGGAAGGCAGUGAGUCUGUCUGUUACUGUAUAUAAUAUAUAGUUUCUUUCAUUCUCCUGGCUAAAUUAAUAUGAAGACGCCAGCUUAGCUUAAUUUUUGUGUCGUCCUCUAACUAAAGUCCGCUUAGGUUGAAUCGAAUUUCUCAUUGGCGUAGUAAUUGUUUAUUUAGUGAAUUAUGAUCUUGUACUUCAUGCACUCUCCUGUCAUGGGAUGAUGUUAUGGACUUUUCAAUUGGAAGUAGGGCAAAUAUAUAGUAUGAUAGCUACAUAAUGUUGAGUUGUUAAAAAA